AUGCAGGUAUCUAUUGGUACACACAAUCUGGGUGUGGUCGAAGCUUCAGUGGCCGACACUGCAGACUAUGACCUCAUCCUGGGGUUCACUGAGCUACAGAGGCUCAAACCCACCAUACAAUGGGAUACGGGCCAGUUGGAGUUCAAGACUCAGGAGCAGGACCGACCCCCAAGGAGACCCCCUGAGGCAGCAAGAGCAGGGGACCUAACCAUGAGGAGACCAACCCUUCAUGGUAACAAGUUUGUCUCAGCAGAGCGCAUACUACGAGCAGCUCUGGAAGAUGGACCCAUAGGGUUCAUGCUGUUGGAGGAGCCACCAUCAUCACUCCCGGCCUUUGGUUUUGUACCUACAGGCGCAGACAAAGGAGUCGAGAUGGAGGUGGAGGUAGACAAGGUGGUGACGGCUGCAGACAUACCAAAGCCAUACCAACACCUGCGAGAUGUGUUUGAUGAGGUGGAAGCAGACAAGCUGCCCCAUCAUACUGAGCAUGAUCUCCACCUCGAGUUGAUAGAAGGAGGUAAGCCACCUCAAGGGCCCCUAUACCUUAAGGGACCCAAGGAGAUGUCCGAGUUGAGGAGGUACUUGGAUGAGAACCUCGAGAAGGGGUUCAUAAGACCAUCGAAGAGCCCGGCACGAUCACCAGUGCUCUUCGUACCAAAGAAGGAUGGGGGUCUCAGACUCUGUGUGGACUACAGAGGUCUCAACGAGAUCACUGUCAAGAACAGGGCACCAUUGCCCCUCAUCAAGGAGCAGCUGUUCUUACUCAGGAAGGCAAGGAUCUAUACCAAGCUAGACCUUAGAGCAGCAUACAACCUCAUCCGGAUUGCUAAAGGAGAUGAAUGGAAGACAGCUUUUGGCACUCAGUUGGGACUCUAUGAGUACCUAGUGAUGCCCUUUGGCCUAGCCAAUGCUCCGGCUCACUUCCAGUCAUUCAUCAAUGACAUCUUCCGAGACAUCAUUGGGAUAUAUGUGGUAGUAUACCUAGAUGACUUCCUGAUCUUCAGUGACACUGAAGAGGUACAUGUGAAGCAUGUCACCAAGGUCCUCACUCGCUUAAGGAGCAACAGGCUCUUUGCUAAGCUGUCGAAGUGUGAGUUCCACACCAAGACAGUCGAGUUCCUGGGGUACAUCAUCAAGCCAACGGGCAUAGAGAUGGACCCAGAAAAGGUGCGCACUGUCAAGGAGUGGCCAAUGCCAGAGUCAAUCCAUGACAUCCAGAGGUUCCUGGGUUUUGCCAACUUCUAUCGAAGGUUCAUAGCCCACUUUGCUCGCAUAGCCAGGCCCUUGACAGCACUGGUAAAGCCUAUAGAACGGUUCAAGAAGUUCGAGCUACCAGAGGAGGCCCAACAGGCCUUCCACAAGCUCAUCCAGGCCUUCACAUCAGCAGGAGUGCUUCAGCACUUCGACUACCACCUCCCAACAAGGAAGAUGUCUUCUGCCGAGAAGAACUAUGAGAUCCAUGACAAGGAGCUCCUAGCUGUGGUCGCCUGCCUCACUCAGUGGCGACACAUGCUAGCUGGACUACUGAGCCAACUGGUCAUCCUCACUGACCAUGAAGCCCUCAAGUACUUCAAGUCACAGAGACGCAUCACAGGUCGACAGGCUCGAUGGGCAAUACUAUUAGCAGACUUCGACUUCAUAUUGCAGUAUCAACCAGGAGACAAAGGUGGUGAACCCGAUGCUCUCACCAGAAGGACAGACAUGCAACCAGCUGGUGAAGAGCAGGAUCACAAUGUGAGGCAACUACUGCCUCCUCGAGUGUUCAAGGAGACAGCAGACCAUGACUCGCUCCUAGUGGCCCCCAUGACCUCGAUGGAGUCCAUAGCAUCAAAAGGUCUCAAAGACCUGGUCAAGAUCUUCCAGCCCUUAGACCAAGAGCUACAGGAGAUACAUAGGAAGAAGCCCUUUGAGGUCAGGGACGACCUAUGGUACAGUGGAGGAAGGUUGGUUAUCCCCAAAGUGAUCAUGCCAGGGAGGACCAACAACCGACACUCAAGGAGUGCCAAAGAGGUAGAUGGACAGUCUCUCUCUGUAGAGCAUCUGCGAUUCAUGGUGAUGACCCAAUGCCAUGAUGGUAUUACUGCUGGACAUGUAGGAAGAGAUGCUACCAUCAAGGCAGCUCAACGACAUUACUGGUGGCCAAACAUGACAGCUUGGAUUGCAGACUAUGUAGCAAGUUGUCCUGUAUGUGCUAGGUACAAAGCUCCUUGUCAUCGUCCAUAUGGUUUGCUACAGCCACUAGCAACACCAGACAGGCCCUGGGGCUCCAUAUCCCUCGACUUCAUCGAAGGACUACCACCAUCGAAGAAGUAUGACUCCAAGACCUAUGACUCUAUCUUAGUCAUUGUCGACAGGUUAACCAAGUUUGCCAUACUAGCUCCAACCCAUAAGACAGUCACGGCCAAACAGACUGCAGUGUUGCUAUAUGGACACAUGGUAAGACUCUUCGGAUACCCAGAUCACAUGGUCUCGGACCGAGGCAGGCAGUUCAUAUCAGGAGCAUGGAAGGCAUUUGCAGAGCAAAUGGGUGUGAAGCACUCACUUAGCACAGCUUACCAUCCUCAAACUGAUGGUCAGACAGAGAGAGUCAAUCAGGUCAUAGAGCAAUACCUCAGGAUGUACUGCAACUAUGAACAGGAUGACUGGGCCAACCUGCUGGACACUGCAGCCUUUGUGUACAACAACAUGGUCCACAACAGCAUUGGUGUCUCACCAUUCUUUGCAUGCUAUGGAUGGAACCCCAAAGCUCAUCCUGACAUCCCUCAACAACUAGGAGUCAAUGAUCCAGGUCGCUUCGAGUACCUCAUGGAUGGAAAGGAGUGUUGCAAGUACCUCCAGGAGCAGAUCAGAGAGGCACAACGGAGAUCAGUAAACCAGUAUAACAGGAAGCACAAGGACAUCGAGUUUAAGGACCCUACCCAGUUCAGGAAUGGGGUGCAUGAUGUGUUCCAUGUCUCCAUGCUCGAGCCAGCAAGAACAAGUUCUCUUCCUCAAUGUGCUGAACAGCCCACCAUACCAUCACUUCCAGAUGAGGACCUCGACUUUGAAGUCGAAGCACUCAUCGACAAGCGUUCACACAAUGGGACUACAGAGUACAAGGUGUUGUGGAGAGGGUACUCAGAAGAAGCUGCUUCAUGGGAACCAGUAGAGAACCUCAACUGUCCCGACCUCAUCCAGGAGUAUGAGGUGUCGGAGGGGGGACGAUGUCAUGGGCCUGGAUGCUCAAGAAGCAGGAGGGUCACUGGUUCAUAUGGAAGGAGCACAGGUAUCGAAGACCUAGUCGAUACCAGUAGAGAGCAUGGUCAUAGUGCAGUCUCCAUGGAGACCAUGGACUCCUAUGGAUUCACAUGCAAAGGAGCACUGAGACCAUAUGCGAGGAGGGCUAGGCACAGCCACGAGGAGGACCAAGCUCAAGGAGCAGGCACAGCCACGAAGAGGACCAAGCUCAGAUGGUUACCACUCAGGGGCUCGAGAGACAAUAGUCAUAGGACACUGGCAAGCAGGUCCUGA